AUGCCGGCGCCGAAAGGGGACUCUAUGCGCGGCUUGUCUGUUUUUAUUUCGGAUAUUAGAAAUUGCAAGAGCAAGGAGGCGGAAAUAAAACGAAUAAAUAAGGAAUUGGCCAACAUACGCUCUAAGUUCAAGGGCAGGAUUAGUGCUGAUUUCUUUUUAGGAGACAAAAUGCUUGACGGUUAUCAUAAAAAGAAAUAUGUCUGUAAACUUCUCUUCAUAUUUCUUUUGGGCCACGACAUUGACUUUGGUUACACUGAAGCUGUUAAUCUGCUUUGUUCCAAUCGCUAUACGGAGAAGCAGAUAGGGUAUUUAUUCAUCUCCGUUCUCUUGAAUGAUACCCAUCCACUGAUGAAUCUGGUGAUAAGUCGCAUUCGUGAUGACAUGUCCAGCCGCAGCACGGCUUUUGUCAAUCUUGCACUUCAGUGUGUGGCUAAUAUUGGAAAUCGCGAGAUGGCCGAACAAUUUGGUUCGGAGAUUCCCAAGCUCCUCGUUUCUGGAGAAACAUCAGAUUCCAUCAAACAGAAUGCUGCUUUGUGUCUUCUGCGUCUUUUGCGUGUCGCUCCUGACCAAAUGACGGACUUGGACUGGACUCCUCGGGCAAUCCAUUUACUAAACGAUCCACACCUCGGUGUUGUAACAUCAGCGGUCAGUCUCAUUGAGGAGCUUAUCAAGAGGAAUCCAGAGGAGUGCAAAAGCUGUGUUCCUCUCGCCGUCGCUCGUUUGGGCAGAUUAAUUACAUCUUCGUACACAGACCUUCAAGACUACACUUAUUACUUCGUCACCGCACCCUGGCUUUCUGUGAAGCUCCUGAGGCUUCUGCAAAACUACCCUCCUCCUGAGGACACAACGGUGCGCUGUCGGCUGACUGAUUGUUUGGACACCAUUCUAAAGAAGGUACAAGAGCCACCCAAGUCUAAGAAGGUCCAGCAUCCCAAUGCAAAAAAUGCGGUUCUUUUUGAAGCCAUCAAUCUUAUUAUCCACAUGGACUGCGAUCGAAAGUUGUUGGUUCGUGCUUGCAAUCAACUUGGCCAAUUUCUUCAGCACAAGGAGACCAACCUUCGCUACCUGGCUCUUGAGUCACUUUGUCUUCUAGCUACCAGCGAAUUCAGUCAUGAGGCUGUUAAGAAACACCAAGAAACCAUCGUCAACGCCCUUAAGACGGAGCGUGAUGUGUCGGUGCGCCAGCGCGCAGCUGACCUCCUCUACGCGAUGUGUGACCGGUCAAACGCACAGGCCAUAGUUGGAGAGAUGUUGUCAUACCUGGAGACCGCGGACUAUUCCAUUCGCGAGGAGAUGGUUCUCAAGGUAGCCAUCCUGGCGGAGAAGUACGCUAUCGACUACUCCUGGUAUGUGGACACUAUCCUCAUGCUGAUCCGCGUAGCCGGCGACUACGUUAGUGAUGAGGUCUGGCACCGCGUUGUUCAGAUUGUGGUCAAUCGGGAGGAUGUGCAAGCCUAUGCUGCGAAGACUGUCUUCGAUGCUCUAACAGCUCCAGCUUGCCACGAAAAUAUGGUUAAGGUUGGAGGCUACAUCCUUGGUGAAUUCGGAAACUUGAUUGCCGGUGAUGCACGUUCUUCACCGAGGAUGCAGUUCGAGCUUAUCCAUAGUAAGUAUCAUCUAUGCACACCCACGACACGCCAGCUUCUCCUCUCAACCUACGUGAAGUUCAUCAACCUCUUCCCCGAACUGAAGGAAACGAUAGUUGAGGUUCUUUCACAGGAUAGCAACUAUCGUAGCUCCAAUGUUGAGAUUCAACAGCGAUCUGUUGAGUACUUAGCCCUCUCAAAGGUUGUCACUGAAGACAUUCUGGCUACGGUUUUGGAGGAGAUGCCUCCAUUCCCCGAGCGGGAGUCGAGUAUUCUGGCCAAACUGAAAGCUAAGAAGCCGGAGUCCGAUGGUCUUUCCUCAAGUGUGAAGACUAGCGACCGAAUUCAACAGAAGGCCACCUCUGCAAACGACACGGAGAAGCCACCAGUGGCCCCCGGAAACAACGGUACUGCAGAGGCGGAUUUGUUGGGUCUCGGGUUGAUCACGACCCCCGCCCCAACAACCACUGCGGAGGCCUCGAAGGCGCCGCCUGCCAGUACCAACAAUCAGUUCUUGGCCGACAUCCUUGGCAAUGGUACAGUCGAGGCCGGCUCCAACGCUAUGGUCCUCUCUCAGCCUCAGACCCGCUCCACGGCUCUCGUAGACCUCGAAUCGGAAUACAUUAGGCUGAUCUACAGGCCACAAGGUGUGCUGUUCGAGAACGCCCUUAUACAGAUCGGCUAUCGAUCAGAGUUCCAAGGCAAUUUAGGCAGAGUGCAGCUGUUUUACGGCAACAAGAGCGGCUCGGCUAUCACGGCUUUUGCUUCAAAGGUGGUGUUCUCGGAGAUCUGUCCAACCACGGGCAGGAGUCCCCUCAACCUCGACCUUCGUCCUGCACCCACCACUAUUGAGCCUGAGAAGCAGGUUCCGCAGGUCCUCAACAUCGAAUGUCUCGUCGACUUUGCUGAGAUUCCUGUCCUGAGCAUCAAUUACUCAAACCAGAAUGGUUCGAAUCAACUGUCGCUUCCGCUACCGAUUUUUCUUAACAAGUUCGCUCAGUCCGCACCAAUGGAUCAGCCGACGUUUUUUGCUCGAUGGAAGCUUCUUUGCCAACCUGGUCAGGAAUGCCAAAGGGUGGCGGGAGCCAAGCUCUCCUUCAACUUGAAUGACAUCAAGCAACGGAUUUCUGGGUCAGGGCUGAGCAUUCUACCAGACAUUGAUCCCUGCCCAACCAACAUCGUGUGUGCAGGAAUCGUUCAUACUGCUAGUCAGCAGGUUGGCGUUCUCGCUCGAAUAGAAUCCAACAACUUCCGCGUGACCGUCAGAAGCACUAAGGCAUCGGUCUCCGACUGCAUCUGUUCUAUUCUGCUCACAGAGCUGAGAUAA